ACAAGACCUACCUCCUCCCCAUACUAUUUCCCCAGACUCAAUCCGAAGAUCCUCAACGUGGACAGGACAAAUUCGCCACCAAAUAAUUUUCAUAUCGACAGACAGCCAGUAUGACAAAACCAAUGUUAAAGAACUUGCGAGUAUAUAUACUCGCAAGUGUGGCGUAUAUGGGCUCUUUUCUUUUCGGUUAUGACACCGGCGUGAUGGGCAGUGUUUUAGCCCUAAAGAGCUUUAAGGAGGAUUUCGGACUUCCAACGGAGAGUUCCGGAUUUGCAAAUAGCAAAAAUGCUGAGAUCUCGUCGAAUGUCGUUUCGUUAUUAACGGCAGGAUGUUUCUUCGGCGCUAUUGGGGCCGCCUUUGCCAAUGAAAAAUUUGGCCGUCGAUACACACUCAUGGUUCUAUGUGUCAUUUUCCUCAUUGGUGCCGCUGUCCAGACCGCGGCCACCCACCAACUUUCGUACAUCUACGCUGGGCGUGUCAUUGCUGGCCUGGGAAUCGGAGGCAUGUCAGCUAUCACCCCGGUAUUCGUCGCAGAGAACUGCCCAGCAGAAGUUCGCGGCCGAAUCACGGGAUUGUUCCAGGAAUUUUUAGUCAUUGGCGUCACCAUCGCAUACUGGUUGAAUUAUGGUGUGUCUCGGAACAUCGCUCCAUCAACCGCACAAUGGCGUAUCCCCGUCGGAUUCCAAAUGGCCCCUGGUGCUGUUAUGUUGGUCGGUCUUUGUUUCCUGAAGGAGUCACCGCGUUGGUUGGUGAAGCAGGGUCGAUACGAUGAGGCCACCGCAUCUCUCGCCUACAUGCGCCGUGAGGACCCAGGCAGCCCAGAAGUUCAAGGGGAACUCGCAGAAAUCCGGGCUUCCAUCGAAGAUGAACUUGCAGCAACAGAAGGUGUCGCCUGGAAGGAGGUGUUGCAACCUGGCAACCGAGCUCGAUUUGUGAAUGGGUUCCUCAUCAUGUUCUGGCAACAGUUUUCUGGAACCAACAGCAUCGGAUACUACGCUCCCCAGAUAUUUCAAACAAUCGGCGUUGCCAAGACUGACACCAGUCUAUUUGCAACUGGUAUUUAUGGCAUCGUCAAGAUGAUUUCUACUGGUAUCUUUUUGCUGGUGGGUAUCGAUCAGAUUGGUCGCCGUCGGUCCCUGAUUGCUGGCGCAGCCUGGAUGUCCGUCAUGAUGUUCAUACUUGGUGCUGUGCUCGCCACCCAUCCCCCAACGAACGUCAACACCGUCUCCCCGGCCUCUAUCGGCAUGAUUGUCAUGAUAUAUCUGUACGUCAUUGGUUACUCCGCCUCAUGGGGUCCAAUCCCGUGGGUCUACCUGUCAGAAAUCUUCCCAACACGGCUUCGCGCAUACGGUGUUGGUAUGGGGUCCGCGACGCAAUGGCUGUUCAACUUCGUCAUCACUCGUAUCACACCGGCUGCCAUCAACCACAUCGGGUGGAGGACAUUCAUCAUGUUUGGUGUCUUCUGUCUUGCGAUGGGUACGUGGAUCUUCUUCUUCGUUCAGGAGACCAAGGGCCGUACGCUUGAGGACAUGGAUAUUCUCUUUGGCACUGUCGAUAUGGAACGUCGCAAGAAUGACAUUGAGAAUAUGCUAGGGAAGGCCAGAAUCGUCGAGGAUGAAGAUAUUUCCAAAGUCGAUAACAGCCAGGUGGAGCAAGAGCACCGUGUUAAAGAGUAAAUGUAUAUAAUAUAUUAUUCGACAAAGGAAUAUAAUAGUCUGUAUUUACUCAUGUAAAGAAUAGAAUACUAGUGUGCU